AUGCUUUCCUCCCAGGUUACCUUUGUCACGAGACAACUAGUCAAGUCCAAAAGUUUUAUACCAAGUCGACGAAGUUAUUCAGCCAAGACGUUCUCCAAUCAGGCCAUUCUUCCCAAACUACCUAUUCCAGAACUAGAAGCCACAGGGCAACGUUACAAGAAAAGUUUAAUACCUCUUCUUAGCGCCACUGAUUACCAACAUGCCUGUGCCAAAGUGGAUCAAUUUAUUCAGGGGGAUCUCGGCAAAGAAUUACAACAAAGACUAUUGCGUCUAGAUGAACAAGAAACAAAGAAGGGGUAUUCAUGGUUGGACCAAUUAUGGCUGAACAAAGGUUAUCUUGAAUAUAGAGCGCCUACGAUGAUCAAUGUCAAUUGGUGGAUGCAAGUCAAAAACUCUCCCUUAGGUUUGGUUGAACCUUCUUCUCAAGGUGUUGCUACCCUUUUCCAAUUGAACCGUGCUGCUGGCUUUGUUGUUGGUUUGGUGGAUUAUUCUAACCGUUUGAAUAAUGAACAAAUUCCUCCUGAUGUAUCUCGAUCUGGUCCUUUCUGUAUGCAUCAAUUAAAAGGCGUAUUUAGUACAACUCGAAUUGCUGCCAUGCCUAGAGAUAGAGUAGUAUCUCAGUAUCCUGCUACUGCAAAACAUAUCACAGUCAUUUAUAAGGAUCAAAUCUUCUCGGUGGAUGUCAUUGGACAACAUGGUGAAUCUGUAUCUGUACAAGGGAUUGAAAAGCAAUUGCAGCAAGUGGUGAAUCAAGUGGAUGCAACUCCAGUCGAACAACGUCAAUUACCUAUCGGUCUCUUUACAUCAGAACAACGUGAUACUUGGGCAAAUAUUCGACAAACUUUGGAAUCUAAUCCUGAAAAUGCAAAGAUAUUCAAAGAUAUUGAAACUUCUUUGUUUGCUCUCUGCUUGGAUGAUUAUAGUUCUUCUCAAGAAUUGGAUGAGGCACACCGUAACAUGUCUCAUGGUCGUUAUGCAUUUAAUCGUUGGUUUGACAAAGGUAUGCAAGUGAUUGUGGAAACAAAUGGAGCUGCUGGUAUCAAUGGUGAACAUUCUCCUGUGGAUGCGGUGGUUCCUCUUCGUGUAGUUGACGAUGUUUUAUCAAAGGAACCUAUUCAAGAUACUGGAUUAUCAUCUGUGAAUUUGGCACCUCCUCGUCAUCUGACAUGGUCCAUUGAUAACAACAAUAGCGAUAGUAUCAAGCAAGCUCUUCAAGCAGCUGAAGCCAAUUCAAAGAAAUCAAUUGAUGAUUUGGAUUGUGUCAUGUUACAUAACAGAGAUUACGGAUCAGACUUUAUGAAACGAGCCAAGAUCAGUCCCGAUAGUUGGAUGCAGAUGGUGUUCCAAUUGGCUUACUAUCGUCAUUAUGGUCAACCUUGCCCUACUUAUGAAUCAGCAUCUACUCGUAAAUUCUUAACUGGUCGUACAGAAACAGUGCGUUCUUGUAGUGAAGAAUCUGUGGCAUUUACGAAAACUUGGGAAGAUAAGGACACUACCAUGGUUGAAAAACUUGCCUCUUUGGAAAAAGCAAUAGCUAGUCAUAGUGAAUACAUGCGUGCAGCAAGCAAUGGACAAGGCGUAGAUCGUCAUCUGUUUGGACUUUAUUAUCAAAUGACUCCUGAAGAAGCACAAUCUGAACAAGCAGGUAUAUUUAGAGAUCCUAUUUACCGUGCAUCACAAUAUUGGAAACUGUCCACCUCUAACACAUCACCAGGAACUCAAGCAUGGGGAGCGUUUGGACCAGUGGUAACCGAUGGUUAUGGAAUCAAUUAUGCCAUUGACAAGGAAAUGGUACGUCUCAGCGUCUCAUCAUGUCGUCAAGCAACUGAAACAGAUUCGGCAAGUUUCCGGAAGACGAUUCAUGGUGUGAUGACCGAUUUCGCACAGGUGGCUACGGACUACAUUCUUGCUUCACCUGAAGAAACAGUGGCUGAAUCUUAGACGAUACAAUGAUUACAAUAGUUUUAGAUUUACCCCCCUUUGAUUUAGAUGAUAAC